GGCACGCACGCCCGAGGGACGCGGCCGGGCCGCCCCGGUGCGCGGACCGAGCGGCCGAGAGCCAGGUACGCGCCCGCCGCGGCCCCGGCCCCGGGCCCCGGCCGCCCCGGGGCAGGUGCGCCGCCGCCUUUGUUCUCCCCGCCCCCCCCCCCCCCCCGGCGGGCGCAAAGCCGUCUCCCAGCGCCCGGGUCCCGCCGGCCGGCCCGCCGGCAUGGUGCAGCCGCAGCCGGCCCAGGCGGAGGGCCCGGGCCCCGCGGGCGCCCCGGCCGCCCCGGCGGGCGCCGUGCUGGACACGCUGACCUCGCUGCGCCUGACCAACUCGGCGCUGCGGCGCGAGGCCUCCACGCUGCGCGCGGAGAAGGCGAACCUCACGCACAUGCUGGAGAGCGUGACGGCCGAGCUGACCCUGCUGCGCACCCGCGCCCGCAUCCCCGGCGCGCUGCAGAUCACCCCGCCCGUCUCCGCCAUCGCCUCGGCGGGCGCGCGCCCCGCCACCACGCCGCCCACCUCGCUGCCCGAGCCCUUCUCGGGGGACCCCGGGCAGCUGGCCGGCUUCCUCAUGCAGAUGGACCGCUUCAUGAUCUUCCAGGCCUCCCGCUUCCCCGGCGAGGCGGAGCGCGUGGCCUUCCUGGUGUCCCGGCUCACGGGCGAGGCCGAGCGCUGGGCCAUCCCGCACAUGCAGCCCGGCAGCCCGCUGCGCACCGACUACCAGGGCUUCCUGGCCGAGCUGCGCCGCACCUACAAGAGCCCGCGGCGGCACGCCCGGCGCGCCCAGAUCCGCAAGACCGCCGCCGCCCACCGGGCCGCCGCCGCCAACGCCGCCGCCGGCCAAGCCCCGCGCCCGCGCCCGGGGCGCAGCCGCCCGCCGGAGGCCGCGGGGGGCGCGGGGCCCUGCCCGGUCCAUCCGGCCGCCUCCGAGGGGACCCCGCCGGCCCCGGCCCCGCCCGCCAGAGCUCGGAACCGCUAGCGGUCCGCGGCCACCCCGGUACCACCGACCGCCGCCGCAGGGAAGGACCGGAGAGCCCCUCCGCCCCGGCCCCGCCCCACCCCACAGCAUCGCCGGUGCGAAGACGUCUUCCCGCCCGCCACCGCCCGGUGCUUCCGGUUCUCUGCGGGCUCCGGGCCCCCGCAGAGCGGCGCAUGCUCCCUCUUGUGGGCCACCCCACCCCUGCCAGGCCUCCGGCCCCAGCUUUGCCACUUGGACGCCCUCGCAGACGCGAAGCAUGCCUGGGGACCAUUCGCGCCCACCCCUUCCGGCUUGGCCGUUCCCGCCCUCCCGCGUACCCCGCAAACGCCCUCCCUGCGCGGUGGCCCCGCGCUUGCCUGUGCCCUCUGGACAGAAAGAACCAGGCUGCUCCCUGAGGGGUCCCUGACCCGCCUGGGCACACGGGCCCUGCGGGGAGCCGGCAGGUCUGGCACAGGCCCCAUCCUUGUUCUUGGCGACCAAGUGAGCCUGCUACCGAGGGAUGCAGCCUGUGGGGACGGCGGGGGCGGCUCUGUCCCCCAGCCCUGCAACUAAGGGCGUUCUCCAGGGGCUCCCCUCUGUCCACGCCUGCCUCUGACCACCGAGCUGGGGAGAUUGGGAACUCUUGUCAGGCUGCUCAGCGACCCACUUGUGACACCCAGGCCUGUGUGGGACCAGGGGUUGGGAGGGGCACUCGUGCCCCCCGGCGCCGCCUGGGAUCUAUGGCGCGGAGCGUUCCCACGCUGCUCGUCUGCAGGGUGCUGUGAUGUGCCCCGCCCUUCCACGCCGCCUCCGCCACUCGCCGCCUCCAAGCCUCCGAAGAUGCCUUGGCUGGGCCAGCCUUGGCCCGGGAGCGCAGGAUUCUUCCAGAGGCGGGGAGGCCAGCCCCUCUGGGACGCGGGAAGGCACAGAGCUGUGGCCCGCCGAGGUCCGAGCGGGGCUGGUGCGGCACCGGCCGAUGCCCCCCGGGGCGGACGUCCAGAGCUCCGUGCUUUCUUCCCAGCCCACGGCCGAGACCUCAAAAUCUGGGGCUUCCGCCUGUGGCCUGUGCUCCCCGCCACACCCCAAGGCCAAGUGGACCGCGUGUCCACGGCCACCUGGGUGGUGGGUGGGCGGGCGUGGGACAUCCCUGUCCUGCCCUUGUCUGUCUGUGUGUGGGGCCCUGGCCCGCACAUGGGGGACCGCCUGCCUCUGUGCCCCCCAAAGAUGGCCAUGACUUGGGACCUCAGAGCUGGGCCCCGGGGCACUCCCUCUGUCCCGGGGUCUCCGUGUCUGGAGAGGGGCGGCGGCUGUGAAUCAGUCACCGCCAUGCGGGGGGAACGGGGUCACGGGCCAUGCCGCCCGCUCGUGUUAAAUCGGUUAGCCCAGUUGCCCUGCGGCACGGUGGCCCGGACCUGGGCCUUGGGUCCCUGGGUCGGCCCAGGCCGCUCGCUGGGCCACGGUGCC